GCAGCUACACACUACUGCUUUCAGUACAGCUGCCACAAUACAGCUGAGGUCCAGGGCUUAAAAACAAAUACUUUUGCACAUUUACUACAUCAUGGAUGGGCCUCAAUGAACACAAAUGCAGUGUUAAUGCCAUACAGUGGAUUUUCUUGACCGACUGACGUUUUGUGUAAAGUGUAAGAAAAAGGACACAAAAAGGCAGAAAAUGUUUUGGGUUUCCAGCACAUCUGCACUGAGAUGACUACAAUGGAACUCAGGCAAACCCAGUCCUGGAAAAUCAUCGAGAGCAGUACAUCUGGAUUGCAUUACUGGACUUGACAAGAGAGAGGGGUUGAGCGCGUGCGCAGCUAAGCAAAAUGUUCAUGAAUUGCAGAAGGGUGAGAAAAUGGCAUUUUCUACAGCUUGUCUCCAUGUGCUGUGUCAUGUCAGUCCUUAUGGUUUGCUGGGACCACGUAGAUCACAGCGUCGUGAGCCACAUGAAGUCAUACUCCUACCGCUACUUAAUCAACAGCUACGAUUUCAUCAACAAAAGCCUCAACGUCAGCCCAAAGGAAGCCGCCAGAUUUGGUAGCUUCCCUUAUUUGCUAAACAACAAGGAUGUUUGUAAAGACAAAGACGUGCUGCUUCUCCUCUUCGUGAAGUCCUCCCCUGGAAACUUCAGAAGACGACAGGCCAUUCGCUCCACUUGGGGCAAUGAGUCCUACAUAAGCCACGAGCUGGGCGUUAUCGUAAAAGUAGUGUUUGCUAUGGGAGUUCACCCUGUGGUGCCCUUUGAUAGCUCACUGCAGAGUAAAUUGCACAAGGAGCACAUGAACCACGGUGACCUGGUUCAGCAGGACUUCCUUGACACAUUCCACAACCUCACUGUGAAACUGCUGCUUCAGUUCCGCUGGACGCAUGAAAACUGUGCCCAUGCCCGCUUCCUCAUGACUGCGGACGACGACGUCUUCAUCCAUUUGCCCAACCUGGUGCACUACCUUCAGGACCUCAGAAGACAGAACGUGCGCAACCUUUGGGUCGGCCACGUUCACAGGGGGGCGCCUCCCGUUCGCCGCAGGGACAGUAAAUACUACAUGCCCUUCGACAUGUACCAGUGGUCUUCCUACCCAGAUUACACCGCCGGGGCGGGGUACGUGGUCUCUGGCGACGUGGCAGCCAAAAUCUAUCAGGCCACACUGUCUCUGAACGCUUCUAUGUAUAUCGAUGACGUCUUCAUGGGUAUCUGUGCCAUUGCAGCGGGUGUCUCGCCUCAGGAACACAUUUAUUUCUCGGGUGAGGGGAAGACGCCCUAUCACCCGUGCAUCUAUGAAAAAAUGAUCACCUCUCAUGGACACGAGGACGAUAUUAGGUAUCUGUGGAAGGUUGCGACCGCCCCGCAGGUAAAAAGUAUUUCGUCUGGACUGGUUGGGAAACUAUAUUGUACGGCUAUGAAAAUGACACUGCUUUGUAAGCCGUACUUUACAAACACGUAUUCAUGCAUGGCAGCUUUUACAUGACGCACUAUGAAGUCCGAGCAGUAUUUCAUUUUUUUGUUUAUUUUUGCUUUAAAUGUUAAAUAUUUUGUCAGUUCCCAAUAAAGUUCAAAGCUGUGCGCCCUAUG